AUGCAACGACGAAGUUGUGAAAAUAGAAACAAUUUAUUACUUCUAAUAGAAUGGUUAUCGAUUAGUAACCCAACUUUAACAGCUAGAUUACUCCUACAAAGAAGUGAUAUUAUAGCCAAAAGAGUGAACGAUAAAUUAUUAAUAGCUCCUUGUAAUGUUAAUAAGUCUGAAUGGAAGAAAGUCGAAUUCCAAGCAGGCAUCGUUAGCAAAUUCGAAAUUGAAAGAAUUAAUGCAGAAUUAGAAAUAUUAGCUCAAAGACAUGAAAUUAUCAACUUAAAUACUGACCUACCAAACCCAGAGUCUUUUUGGACAGAAUUAGAUCAACAAGGAGAAGAAUUAAUUGAGCAAUUUACAGUACAAAUUGGAAAGACUACUGAAAUAAUAGAAAAGGAACUAGCACAUAUAACAGCUCAUUGGGAACUCAUCACUAUUGGUGCAUUCAGCUCCGUAAUUUUAAUUAUGAUAAUUGUUGUAGAACUAAAAUUUAAGUUAAUUAGCUACAUUUACCAUUUUUUGUGUAACAAAAAUUCAAAACAUAUGGAAUCCAUUCCUGUGGAAAUCCUCCAAAUUCCUUUUAAUGGACACAGGGAUCCAAAUUCCUGUAAUUGA